AUGUCGGACGAGGAAGAGUAUGACUUUGAUUACAGCGAUGAAGAUGAAGACAUGGAAGACGCUGAAACUGCCGAUUUAUACGUGCAAAUUGAAAAUGUUUAUUACUCAGCAAAACAAUUGCUAGAAGGUGACCAACCUCAUCGACAAGAGGCAGUGGAUGCACUUGCGAAGGUGUUGACAUUACAGAAUGGAGAGACUGACUGGGGUUUUAAAGCGCUUAAACGAAUUGUCAAGCUUUUGUUUGAAUUACAACGUCAUGAUGAAGCUAUGCGGAGGUACGAAGAGUUACUGGGCUACACAAAGACAGCAGUGACACGUAAUGUGGGAGAGAAAGGAAUUAAUAGUAUUUUAGAUUUCGUCUCGACUAGCAAGAAUUGGGAGAUUCUGCAGCAAUUCUAUGAGACAACAUUAGAGACGCUGAAGGAGGCACGGAAUGAGAGAUUAUGGUUCAAAACGAGUGUAAAAUUAGGCAAUUUGUUGUACGAGAUUGGAGACUUUACGAGACUUAGAAAGAUUAUUAAGGAAUUACUGGCUUCAUGUAGCGAAGGAGAUGCAGAUGAUGGUGUAAGAAGAAAUUCACAGUUGCUAGAAGUCUAUGCGUUACAGAUUCAAAUGUAUACAGCGCAGAAAGACAACAAGAAACUUGUGUCAAUAUAUGAAAAAGCUUUACGUACCAAGUCUGGCGUAGCACAUCCUAAAAUUAUUGGGGUGAUUCACGAAUGUGGCGGUAAAAUGUACAUGAUGCAGCGGGAAUGGGAUAAAGCUCGAAGUGACUUUUUCUCUGGUUUUAAAAGCUACGAUGAAGCUGUCAAUGUCUUUGACUCGCAAGAAGCCAAACCUUAUGAAAACGACAAAGAAAUUGUUGCAAUGACGAAAUUGACAGACGCAUUUCUGCAUGAUGAGAUCAAGACUUUUGAGCAAGUGCUGACUCAAAAUCAGGAAGCAAUCAUGGACGAUCCGUUUAUCAAGCACUACAUUGAUAGUCUAUUGAGAACUAUUCGCAGCAAAGUCUUGCUUAAGAUUGUGAAACCCUAUCGAACAAUGGAUACCCAGUACAUUGCGCGGGAGCUUAAUGGAAUCUCUUUAUCAGAAGUUGAAUCGUUGCUUUCUGCUCUCGUACUGGACAAAAAAAUUGAAGCGCGGAUCGACCAAGUAAAUCACACUCUGGUGCUAUUGAAUCGAAAACCAGAGGAAAAGUUUCAACUGUCUGUCCAAAAUUGGUGUGACGCCCUCGACAAGUUUCGUUCCCUUACGGUGGACCGUCUCGGGACUGCUCUGUGA